AUGGAUUGCAAUAAUUUUCUCGGCUGGAAAUCUCAGUUUGAAGAUGUACUAGAACUACAUGAUCUUGAAGAUGUGAUUCAGACAGAAACCCAUCCUCAAAAGAAACUUCCUGAUGCUUCUCUCAAUCUAGCCUAUUCAAAAGACAAACUAGUCUUAAGCUGGAUCAAGGCCACAGCUUCACCCUCUAUUAAGACCCUCUUGAUUCCAUGCUCCACGGCAUAUGAGGCAUGGACGCUACUUGAAAAACGACUCUCACCCUUGUCCAAAACUCACAUUCGUACCCUGCGGGAUCAAAUAUGGGCUCUCAAAAAGGAUCCAGAAAAGUCAGUGGCUGAGUACUUGAUCCAUGCCAACUCUCUCUUUGAUUCUCUCACUGCGGCUGGCACCUCAAUGUCUGAUGGAGAGCUUGUUGAUUAUAUACUCAAUGGCCUGGGCCAUGAAUAUAAAGAAUUUACUACCUCCCUUCAUCUUCAACCCUCUAUGACCUUUGAUGAAUUUUAUGAUUUGUUAAUACAGGAAGAAUAG